CCUCGGCUCGGAGGCUCGCCUCUCAGCCGCAGCGGCCCCGCGAGGAGGAGGAGGAGCCGCCGCCGCAGCAUCAAAGAGACCGAAUUCCCGCGGCCUGGGGGGGAGUCAUGCUUUGCGGUCUGUAAUGUCAGCAGAACAGGAGAAGGAUCCCAUUUCGCUGAAGAGAGUUCGAGGUGGUGAUAGUGGACUGGAUGGGUUAGGAGGACCAGGUGUACAACUAGGAAGCCCAGAUAAGAAAAAACGCAAGACAAAUACACAGGGGCCUUCUUUUCCUCCAUUGUCUGAGUAUGCUCCACCACCGAAUCCAAACUCUGACCAUCUAGUGGCUGCUAAUCCAUUUGAUGACAACUAUAAUACUAUUUCCUAUAAACCACUACCUUCAUCAAAUCCAUAUCUUGGCCCUGGUUAUCCUGGCUUUGGAGGCUAUAGCACAUUCAGAAUGCCACCUCACGUUCCUCCAAGAAUGUCUUCCCCAUACUGUGGUCCUUACUCACUCAGGAAUCAGCCACACCCAUUUCCUCAGAAUCCUUUGGGCAUGGGUUUUAAUCGACCUCAUGCUUUUAACUUUGGGCCACAUGAUAAUUCAAGCUUUGGAAAUCCAUCUUAUAAUAAUGCACUAAGUCAGAAUGUUAACAUGCCUAAUCAACAUUUUAGACAAAAUCCUGCUGAAAACUUCAAUCAGAUUCCUCCACAGAAUACUAACCAAGUAUCUAACCCUGACUUGGCAUCUAACUUUGUCCCUGGAAAUAAUUCAAAUUUUACUUCUCCAUUAGAAUCUAAUCAUUCUUUUAUUCCUCCUCCAAACACUUUUGGUCAAGCAAAAGCACCACCCCAAAAACAAGACUUUAGUCAAGGAGCAACCAAAAACACUAAUCAAAAUUCCUCUGCUCAUCCACCUCACUUAAAUAUGGAUGACACAGUGAAUCAGAGUAAUAUUGAAUUAAAAAAUGUUAAUCGAAACAGUGCAGUAAAUCAAGAGAAUAGCCGUUCCAGUACCACAGAAGCUACAAAUAACAGCCAUGCAAAUGGGACGCAGAAUAAGCCGCGACAACCUAGAGGUGCCCCAGAUGCAUGCACCACUGAAAAAAGCAAUAAAUCCUCUCUCCACCCAAGCCGUCAUGGCCAUUCUUCUUCUGACCCAGUGUAUCCUUGUGGAAUUUGUACAAAUGAAGUGAAUGAUGAUCAGGAUGCCAUCUUAUGUGAAGCCUCUUGUCAGAAAUGGUUUCAUCGGAUCUGCACUGGAAUGACUGAAACAGCUUAUGGCCUCCUAACUGCAGAAGCAUCAGCAGUAUGGGGCUGUGAUACCUGUAUGGCUGACAAAGAUGUCCAGUUAAUGCGUACUCGAGAAACUUUUGGUCCGCCUGCAGUGGGCAGUGAUGCUUAAUCACAGGCAUUAGUUAAAGUGAUUUUUUUUCCUGUGUAUUUCAGAGGCUCAGUGACACAGGAUUUUAAUGUUUUACAUUAUUUUUUUAAAUGCACAUACAAAAAGAUUAUUUACCUUUCAGUUUUUGUUAAUAUUCUACUUCAUUACCAGUGCAAAUUUUGUAUUGUCUUUGUUUGCUAUCUUAAAUGAGAAUAAUGUAUAUGGGGGUGCUUUAGAAAGUACUAUACAAAUAAAUGUUAGUUGUCGUUGUUGUUGUUAAUCAUAAACAUAAAAGCCUCUUGAAGCUUCAAAAUAAUAUAUAGCAAAUGUAGGCAAGUUUUGACUUUUAAAAGUUAGAAUCAUUGAAAAAUGUACAUUGCAGAGCUGAACUUUGGCAAUAUUACAUUAAACAGUUCAAAAAAUUUUUCAAGGAUCUAUUUGACAUAUGUUUUCAAAAAAGCAUAUGUAGCUGUAACAUGGAAGAAAGCAUACAUUUUAAUGGAUGUUUUAAAAAAUAAUAGAGUAUGACACCAGAUUUCUCCCCACUAGGGUCCUUGAAAUUAAUGACUUUCCUAUUUUCAAGUCAGUCUUUCCAAGAUAUCUGUUUGUACAGAUAGGAGACAGAUGUUAGCAUAUAGUAGAUGCUCAGUAAGUAUUUGUUGAUUGACUUGUGGAUUGUACCACAUGAAAUUGCUAAUACUAGAUCAGUUGAAAAUUGACUGCAAUUAGUAGAGUUGAAGUGAAGUAUGUUUCUAGUUGUGCUAUUUAGAAUUGUAACAGUGUUAUGCCCUUCACUCUUCAAUUUCCUUUGAUUAUUGAGUUUUUUCUUAUUGUUUUCCAGACAAAUAAAUAAUAUAGUAUCCUCAGAAGAAUUAUGGAUACUUCUUUUAAUAUGAUUUCAAGCCAGGACAAUACUGCAAAUGAGAUAGGUGUAAAUAUCAAGUUGGGCCUACAAGGCUCCGCUGGGGAAAGAACACCACUCAGUGGUGGUUUGAAAAAUCUUGUUCUGGGGAAUCUAGAUUCAAAAAUGAGCCUCAGGGGAGAUCAGAAUCCAUCUUAAAGACCAAUUAAGAGCCAGGGUGAGAGCUAACUCACAAACAACAAUUCAAGGCCUUGAAGCAGACAGGAGCUUCUGCUGUGACUGGGAAAGGUGAAAGAUGAAUCCAAGAACAUCCUCCUGGGAGAUGAUCAAGAAUGAAGACAGUUGGAGGUGUGCUCAUUAAGAUUCAAAAAAGCAGAAACAUAUUUUUAGAGUGGAUCAUGAACUGUGACCAAAAAAAAAAAAAAAAAAAGAUACUAUAUAUGACAAUUGAUAGCAAUUUAUACAAUAUUUGGAUAUUUUUGAAGCUCCCAAACUUGCACCAUCAUCAUUGUGACCAAAAAUGUUCUGAAGGCCAUAUGGUGAUCUGCAAAAGAAUAAUUACUAUUGCUUAAACCCUGGUGAAACGACAGCAGCAGCAUAUUGCUGAGGAAGUAAAAUUAUGCAUGAAAAUUUUGAUCAAGAAAGGUCCUUUGGUUAAUAAACAUGAGCCCACACUUUUACAUGACAGCACUUGACCUCACACGUCACAAGCCACGAAAGCAAAGUUAAUUCAAUUGGGAUAUUCAAUGUCGUCAUGUCCAUUGUAGUCACCAGACCUUUAUCCAAUGAACUACCUUCGUUUUCAUCAUUUGAAGCUUUUUUUUUAAGAAACAACAUGUUCUCCAAUUAAGAAGUAGUAAUUGGAGGAUCUGAACAAUUUAUAUAUCUGAAAAAAUGACAAAUUUUUUAAAAUGAAAUAUUUAAUAUCUUACUAGAAAGUUAUUAAUACUCAUACAUAUUUUGAUUGAAUAAAACUUAUUUUUUUAAAUACAGUGUUUUAAUUUUGACCUACAAAAACAGCAAUUUCAUAUGGUACAAAGUAGUAGAAGGUUUUCUCCAUUUACCUGUGACUAGUUAGAGGUGAGUACAAAAUAUUUUCAAUAUAGUUGUAAAAUAUAUAUCUUUACAGUUUUAGAAAAUGAAAUGAUAUAAAUUCUAAUACUCGGUACUCCUCUGUGUGACAUCUUUACCAGUUGACGCAGGUUAAAUGCAGUAUUUUUGGCUGACUCUGACAUUUGAUGUGUUCAGUAGCAUACUUGAAAAUCCCAUUUUGCUUACAUUAUAGUUUUUAUUAGAGAUACACAAUUUUUUAAAUGUUUAAGGAUCUAGUCAUGUUCUUGAAAUCCUAGUAAGUGCUGAUUUUUAAGAAAUGAUGCACUGCAUGCUAAAUGCUUAUUCCUAGCAUCGGGUCAUGAUUUUUUAUGAUAAUACAGUUAGAUAUUGAGUAGAACCUUACAGUGUCCUCAGGAGUUAACAUUUUUCAUGGUAGUACUUGAGUUGUACUUAUUGUUAAAAUUGAUUUUGUGGUUUCUUAAGCCAUCUGUUGCUUACACUUUCAGUAGUUGGGUGAAAGUGAAGUAACCUCUCCCAAGCUAGUAUAAAGAUACUUGAUUCAUAUUGAGAUUCUUUUCCAUUUCCAAGUAGUUGUUUUUAAAAACUUACAGUUGAAUUUUUAUUCAAGUAUUUAGGUCUUCAGAGCACCUUAUUUAAAUAAGAAUCUGUAAAUAUUCAAAAGAAAACUCAUGGUUGACUGACAGUGAGUCACUGAAAAACUAUAAAAUCAUAGUUCAUGAAUGUUGUCAUGUCUUUGAAGUACUUUUCUUUACUAGUUCCACAUUUGUCUCCAUAUGACACUAAGUCAAAAAUUAUCUAGACAGUUUUUGAUAGGAAAAAUGAUGAACUAUAAAAUGGCCAGGUACCAAUUUGUCCAAUUUGACCCAAAUAAGGCUAUUAAACAUAUUGUUACGGCUUUGUUAGGACAAGUGAUGAGCUUCCCUAAACAUUUUUAAAUAUUCAUUGAUAGAAAGAAAUGUACAUAGGUCGAAUAGCCUUCCAGUAGCAUUGCACAUUUUUUUAUGUAAUCCUUUUCUUUCACUGAAAGGCCUCAUCUUGCAUGCACACAUAUACACAGAUACACACCCACAUACACACCCACACAAUUGAACAGGAAAUCAUAGUUUCUCUUACAUUCUCAAGUUUUGUCUAGUUUAACCUGACUGACCCUCAGCAACUAGGCUCUCUCACGACAGCUAGUCAUGAUAGUUUUAAUGCAUCAGUUCCUUUCUCAGAACUCACUUUUUAUUCAUUUCACUGCUUCUAGAUGCUACUGGACUCACUAAUGCUGAAACGGCUUAGCUUGUAAAAGAAAAUUUAUUCUUCAGAUAGAGUGCUUAGAAUUAGAUUUGUGAUCAGUGUUUUUUUCCUUUGGUGUGAAAUACUUUUAGAGUACUGCUAUUAUGAUUCUUGUUAAUCCAAAUUAGAUUAUGUACAUAAAGCAAGAUUUUCUUGUAAUAGUGCUUAUUCUUCUUAGAGUAACAAUAUAAAAAAAUCCAAUCUUUUUUUUUUUUUUUUUUUUUUUUUUUUUAGACUCCCAUCUCUGCCUACUGGUAGGGAAAAAACCUCAAUAGUGUGGGUCACCAUGAAUUCUGCUAACUUUAAUCAUCCAAAUAAGUAUCAGGAGUCUUCAUCUAGUAUUCUUUCAAACUUGUUUGUCUUGAACAUAUUAAGAGUGCUAGUACUUAUUGUCCAUACUAUAGUAAUUGUAUUUAAUAGUAAAAAAAAAAAAAUAUGUAAGUAAUGGUUUUUUCUAAGGGAGCUCUAAAGAAUUUUUGAGUUUCUUUUUUAUAGUGUAUAGAGGUUUCAUAUGCAUGAACAUUUGUGCUAUUUUAGAUUUUUUUUUAAUUAAAAAGUUCAGUUAAGAGCAUCCAGGCUCCCAAAGUUCAUUUGUAAAUAGUGGUUUGAAACAUUAUAUAAGAUGAUUAGAUUGUUAGGAAAGCUCAUAAAGGCUUAUUUAAACCAUAAUGUAGUUAAGCGAUAGUAUCAUGCUGAACACUCAGUUUUCUUUAGGGAACCAAUCAGUGUAGGAGGUAGAAAGAAACAGAGGUCUUCCUUUUUCCUGAUGUGAUUCAGGUAAGUUUAGUUUCUUGGUGUUAGUGUUUCCUAGUUGCCCUCUUACAUCCUAAACCCUCCGGUGGAAUGCUAUAUAAGCCAGCUUGCCUCUUCCCUUACUGGAUGCCCUGUGCUCCAAAAUUCCAUAUUUUUCCUCCAAUCAAAAUUCCCAUUUCUUUCUGUGGUUAUGGCUGGCUAGAUUUUAAGGAAAAAGUGUUUUCCACCGAGAUGCAAAUGAAGAUAGUGAAGGAAGUGGGAUUAAACAUUUUUUUAAGACUGCUUAUUCAGAAUGAAGUUUUAUCUAAUAGCUAAGAUUUCAGACAAUAUGACCACAUUUCAAGUACUGUAGGAAGCAGUAUUUUUAUCAAAUUGAUGGAUCCUGUCUUGAGAGUACUUCCCAAUUUCCUUUAGGUUUUUGGAUAUUUUCAUAGUUUCCUCAACUUUUGAACUCAGAGGUUUCUUCUCAUUUCCACAUUUUAGUAACUUCCCCCUUUUCUGUAUUCUCUUUAUCCAGUAGAGCAGUAUAGAAGUCACAUCUGCAUUUUUCCAACUUUUGGUACAGUAGUGGAAGUCUAGAGGUACUCCUGGAGUAAGGAGGCUAAGGCUGGCAUUAACAGCUCCUAAGACAUAUGGUCUAGGGGAAAUGAAAAAUGGCUGUCAAUAAGCCAGACAUGAAUACGUCAGAGGCUGCCUGUAUUUCAUUGAAAAUUUUUAAUGAAAACCCGAGAUAAGCUUCAUCUUUGUCAGUUUGUCAAAAUACAUUACUUGCAAUUAUAUUAAAACUUAUUCUAAAUACCUGUACUUUUCUUGUUCUGUAGAUGAUAUAGAUGAUGUUGCUUGUUAGUUAAAAUAUCUUUUAUAAAAGAAAGUCCUGCUUCUUACCAUGAUGUAUGUGACUUAAAUGACUGUUUCAUAUUAAAACUAUUUCUUCCUUAUGUACUGUUUACAUAUACCUCUUUUUGGGAUAUUAGUUCAGUACUUUUAUACAAAUCUGAGUGUGUUCCACAUUGGUGACAUGUAUUUUUGCAGUAAUUUUUUGUUUUGUUCUUAGAGCAUGUCUAAAGUAACACAUGCACUAGUGCUGUGGUCUGUGGCAAAAUUACUGUAAUUCAAAUUGGAAAAUAAAAUGUUUCCAGACUUUGUCCAACAUUUAUUCCUAUGGCAAAGGAAAUUACUAUGUAAUACUAAUUAUUUCUUACGCUGGUAUGUUUAAGCUACUCUAUGAAGUAUGUGAAACAUCAAUAUUUGUGGAUUAGUAGAUGGCCUGAUGUUUUGAAAUGGGAGAGAGCGGUAAAAUUUGGUGUUAGCAAUUCAUAACACUCAUAAUACAAUAAAUACUUCUGAAAAUUUUGGUUUUCCUCUUACAGUUAUAACUUAUUAAGGAAUUAUUAUCUUAAUUGGUGGUACAUAUUAGGACUUUUUUUUUUUAGCCCAUAUCAUUAAAAUUACAUUCUAGACUUUGAACCUAGUCUGAUAUCUUCCAACAAAAGAUAUCAUUCACUUCUUCAUAACCAAAAUAAGUAGAAAUGCUAAUCUUCAUUUUUUAAGAAACUAUUAUAAUACCAUAAAACUCCUCUAAUUUACUUAGAAUUUGUAACCAUUGGUACAAAGACUUGAAUGGUGUUUACUUUGUACUAUCUGAUGAAAAGAUUUGUUAAUAAAAGUCAUAAGGUUUUAAGGAAAAAUGUUUAAUCUUAGAAAAAUGUGAAGCUUUAUAAAGCAUUUAAGAAUACUACAUAGCUUUAUAAAGCAUUUGUUUGAGAAUACAAAAGCAUUCUUUUGCCAUUAAAACAAGUACACAGAAGAAUUGUAAUUGAUAAUGCUUGGCCAGUGCAAAUUUGUAUUUUUGAAAUUAUAUACUUGAAAGAAAAAGAAAAAUAAAGAAUGCUCAUGAGUGCUUAAACUGCAUAUCUUUUUAAAUAAUCAAAUUUUUAGACUUUUAUCAGUUCAAACUAUCCUGAGUAAGGCUUUGCUGUAUUAGUGAUAUAUACUAUAAGAUAAAUGUUUACCUGUGUUAUGUUAAUGGUAUCUCUAUACAGCAUCAUUUUUGGCUUGGUUGUUGUGUGGUGUAUUUUGUACACUUGGUUGUCAAUUAUUGAUAGGAUUGACAUAGCAAUAAAUCUGAUUCAGUUCUUAAUAUUUUAAAAAAUACCAUAUACCAUACUGUGGCAUAAUUCCAUUAUAUUUUAUUUGAAUCCCUAAUGUUUUCAUGGGUCUAUUUUGAGGGUUAAAAAUUGAGAAUUACAUGUUAGAAAUUUAUUUUUUCCUGGUACCUUCACAUACAAUCUCUUAGAAAUGGGUCUGCUUCUAUUUAAAUCAUAGAGGUUUUAAGAAGUAUUAGUAUUAAUUAAUUCAGGAAUUGCUUUUUGGAAAAAUUUCAAGUAUGAAAUGACUAGGUUACCCCCAAAUUGUUUAUUUUCUUUAUAUGGUUUUGUACAGGUUACAGUUUUCAGAGAAGCAAAAUUGGCUUGGUAACUGAUUGAAUAUAGUAGAUAAUGGAUAGUUUGUCUAAGGGCUUCCAAGUAUUAAAACAAAUUCUCAAUUCUGAAUUAUUUUUAAUAAUUACUAUUAAUAGUGGUAAGCCAAUUUAUCUUUUUCUUUUGAUUCUUUUAAUUUCUUCCUUAAGCACCGUGCUAGAAUUUAAGAGGAGUUUAUCUUCCACAUUUUAGUUUUUUUAUUCUGCGGAUAAUUAGUAAGACAAGUAGAAGUUCCACUUUCAAAACAGUCCAUGUUAUUGUUGGCCAUUCUUUUCAGGGUUCAUACUAAAUGUCAUUUGUGCAUUGUAUAAGGAAUGUUAUUUAUCAGUAUUUAGACCUACUAUUGGUAAAAAUUAUGUAUGGCAGGCUUUCUUGAACAAUAUGUAUUGUAACUUUGUUCCUAUAGUGUUAUGCUUCAGAUUCUUUUAAAUAAAGCUAGUUUUCAAAGAGAAAAA